AUAACUAUACCAAGCUGUUUCAUGGUUCCAAACUACAAUUAUUCAGGAAGUUGAUUCUGCAGCUGCUCAUGAAUGCAGUCUGAAGGCCUGCAGUGUGCCGGUGAGCAUCGGUCAGGACCCGAGGGCAUCCAGCAACCAGGAAAAUGACUGGCUUCCUCAAGGAACAAACAAAAGAGAAACCUUUAUUUCUUGUGUAGCUGGAAGGCAAAGCAAUACAAUCUUGCCACCCAGUUAAUUUAAAGAAGCAUUUUUCAAAAUACCUCUUGACUGUGUGGAUCUUGCAACUCUGACACAAACGUGCCUUUGGACUUGUGGAAAUAAAUCAUUGGAAGAACGGAUUGGGCAAAGUGGUUGUUGAAGGAGUGACUGUUGGAGAACCAUGACGAAGCACCUGGAGAUCAUCAAUUUGUCAUUUUUGUUGGAACAUGAAAGGGAAACAAUACUGGGAGUACUGAAGAGAGAUGAAUAUUUGAAAAAAGUUGAAGAUAAAAGAAUAAGGAAAUUGAAAAAUGAGCUUCUGGAAGUGAGAAGGAAAGGCGGAAACUGUCACUGUCAGCAGGACAACAGCAGGGUCUGUGUUCGCUGUCAGAAAGGCCUGGGCUUAAUCUUUGACAGAGGAGACCUGUGCCAAACCUGCAAGCUUCGAGUCUGCAGCAAUUGCCGUGUCGUGGGAGCUGACGGGCAGUGGAAGUGCUCGGUGUGUGCCAAGAUUGCACAGCUACGGAUAGUGACGGGAGAAUGGUUUUUUGAGGAGAGAGCAAAGCGAUUCAAACAGCCAGACCUUGGAACCGAUGUUGUCAGACAGUCUAUCCUACGCAAAUUCCCAGAUACAGCUUCAAAUACAGAUGAAGAAAGAACAUUCAAAGAUCAACCCCAAGAGAAUGAAGAACAAAAGCCAGAUGUAUCAGUCUCCUCCACAAGUGGGCAUAAGUCAGUCUUCAGCAGACCUAGAAAGAUAGGAGGGAGCACUCUUUCACUGAACAGCAGUGUUGUGGAGGCUGCUGCAGGUCGUCUGAGAGGGGCUGUGAGGGGGGGCAGUGCUCCCAUACCCUCCCUCCCGAGGUCUCCGGCGCUCAGCACACGCAGCAUGACUGCAGAUUAUAGCAGGGACACUGGCUUAGAAAAUGGCAUGAUUAUUCCAGCAAGUGAAAGUGUACCUGAAGAUUUAGUAAAGAAGCACUGUAGGAAAGCAUCUGGAACACCUUCCAUUGCAGUUUCUAGGGUAUCUUUGUCAUCAGACCGUAGCCGAUCUGAGAUAGAUUUGAGUGAAUCCUUCUCUGAAGGAAAUGAGGAUACUCUCAGCAUCAGAAGCAAAUCUGUGCCUAGUGCCUUAGAUCAGGAACUGGAUUAUCUGGAUGAAAGAGAAGAAGAUAUUGAUGCCUUAGUGGCCUCUCGUUAUUCAAGAAAACACGAACAUAUGGCAAGUGGAUUAUCAACAAACUCCCCAGAAGGCUCUGACAGAAAGUGGACAUAUUUAAAUGUGCCUGAAAAAGACGGUGACACUACAAGCAUUAACAGCAUGCUGAGUGUAUACAGUGAAACUGGUGACUAUGGCAACGUGAAGGUCAGCGGUGAAAUCCUUCUCAAUAUCAACUACAUCUACAAAACAGGUGCCCUCAACAUCCUGGUGAAGAGCUGCAGAAACCUGGCCAUUGGAGAUGAGAAGAAGCAAAGGACAGAUCCAUAUGUCAAGGCGUACCUUCUGCCUGAUAAGUCCCGCCAAAGUAAGCGCAAGACCAAAAUUAAAAGUAACAGCACCAAUCCAGAAUUUAAUGAGUUGCUGAAGUAUGUCAUCAGUCACACACAGCUGGAAACCAGGACCCUACAGCUUUCUGUCUGGCAUUAUGACAGAUUUGGACGCAACAGCUUCCUUGGGGAAGUGGAAAUUCCAUUCGAUUCCUGGAACUUCGAAAAUCAGGGCGAUGAGUGGUUUGUGCUCCAGCCCAAGGUGGAGGUUGCAACAGAUUUUGGACUUCAAUAUAAAGGAGAGCUGACAGUUGUUUUACGUUACAUUCCCCCAGACAGAAACCUAAUGCUUCCUCUAGGGCAGUUUCAAGGAAAGAAGAGCUUUAAAAAAGGAAAAAAAGGAGAUUCUCACCUGCCAUCUGGAGGUAUAUUAGAAGUCCUCAUCAAAGAAGCAAAGAAUUUAACAGCAGUGAAAUCAGGAGGCACAUCUGACACUUUUGUGAAAGGGUACCUGCUCCCAGAUGACAGCAAAGCUACAAAACACAAAACUCCCAUAGUAAAAAAGAGCGUGAACCCCCAGUGGAAUCACACCUUCACCUUCAGUGGCUUGAAUUCAAGGGAUAUACACAACGUCUGCCUGGAACUGACUGUGUGGGACAAGGAGUCACUUUCCAGCAAUAUUUUUUUGGGAGGUGUCCGUUUGAGCACUGGGAAUGGUGUAAGUAAUGGCAAGGAGGUUGACUGGAUGGACUCUCAGGGGGAAGAGCAGCACCUCUGGCAGAGGAUGAUUGACAGUCCAGGAGUUCCAGUGGAGGGAAUAUUAAUGCUGAGAUCCAGCAUGGGAAAACGCAGACUCUGAAAGACUUUAACUGCUAAGGAGUACAACAUAUACUCCUGACUUCAGUAGUGUUCUGGGUCUUGCCACUUUGCCCAUUUGAACAAGGGGAAGGGUUGUACUCUCGGAUGUUAAGGCUCUGAGUGAGAUUCCAAUGCAUUCUGCACUUUCACACACACAUUUUCUACCCAGGUUUCCUGUGUGAAUUAUAUUUCCCCUGAAGCCAGUGAGAAUUGGACCUUGUACAGAGAUGGGAUUGGCUUUCUCUGUCCCUUCUGAUGACUGGUGUGCAGGUGAUGAGCAAUUCUGCUUGUGGGAUGCUCAGAAUGAGCAAAUUCUCUAGCUGGUAAUUUAAAAAGUAACACCAGGUUUACAUAUCUCCUUCUGGGUCAAAGAUGGCCUAGAAGGCAGCACUGGUACAGUGCAAGCAGAUUCAGAGUGAGUCUGUGCUGUGGUAUUUGAAAGUUAAGGAGCCAUAAUGGUAUGAAGGGUAACAAACAGCAUUUCUUUACCAUGUUUACUUGCUGGGCUGUGCAGAGGUGCACUUGGGACCAAGCAGCCAGCCAAGGAAGGCCAGUGGAGUGUGUUGCACACUAGAAAUGGGCAGCAGGUGAGCAGUGCUGGUGAACAGGCAUUCUCGGGGGUGUUUUAAUGCACUGUAUAAAAGGUAGACUUGGUUCAAUGUAAGCAAAGAAGCUCUAAUGAAAACAAAACGUAGCAAAUCCUCAAACAGUUUUCAGAACUAUAUGAUAUUAUUGUGACAGCUCUAACAGGAUCUUCUGAUGUCACUGAACAGAUGGAGUCUGUCUACUCCACAUGCCUGUCCCUAUGUAUGUUGCUGAGAUAAGACAUAUACCAGGUUUGGACAUAAUUAGAUAAGAACUUGAUUCAACAGAUCAUGUAGUAAAAUAAUGAGAUUGAAGCACAUGCCAAAAUGAUUUGCAAAACUGUAGAAUUUUCUCUGGAAGGUCUGGGAUCCCACUCAGAUGUGCCCAUGCACAAUAAUUAUUAACUAGAACAGGAAUUUUUUCUCCUGAACAUCCCUCUGUGAGUUAACAGUGGAUUAAAUGAUAUGUGGGUCUUGGCCAGUUCAAUCAUUAAUCUGAUUGACCAUGACAAUUGUUCAACAGUAAUUUUGCCAUUUGGAUUCCAAAAGUGACUUUUCCACCUAUUCAGAUCCCUCAUCCUUUGGGAUACACAGGUUAUUUGUGAAGAGCAUGCUGCUUUGAAUAGCUUUUGUGGGCUAAUUCUACCAUAAUGAAACAGGAUUAUAAUGUUUUCUCAAGGACACAUGUUGUCCUAUUGGAUAAUAACAUAAUUGUAUGGUAUGUGAUUUCUCAGGGUAUAAGACAAAGGAAGAUCAGGAAACUGAAAGAAAAACCUUUCUUCUGGAUUUUCCAGAGUUAGAACACAGCUUUCUAUUUGUACUGGUAAAUUAAUCUAUAACUUUUCUUCUCUUUUUUAUUUUUUAAUUCCAAUGUUUUCUUUUUGGAAAUAUAGUAUUAGUACUAAGGAAACAAUUUGAAAUACAUGGAAAUUUAUGUAGAUUACUGGAAAAAACCCACAAACUAUCAAAGAGUGUGUUGUUGCCUGUAGAUCAAAACACCAAUAUUCAAAUAUUUCUGUGAAGAAAAAGACCAUAAUAUCUAACUUGAGAGAUCUAAAUAUUCUGCAUAAUCCAGAAAUUGCAAGAAAUCUAGACUGAACAAUAGAAUAUGAACUGAUAGCUAAGUAACUACAGAAGGAAAUUUUGACAUCUGUAAUUGUACAAUUACAUACAAGUGUUUAGAGCUGAAUUCAAAACCUUAAAAUUUAAUGUCCUUUUUUUGAGGUAUUUUAUACUGUUUUUUGUUUCACUGGCUGGAAACUACAGGGAAGUUCACAACCAGUCUUUUAAAAUCCUAAUAUUAUUGGAAAAUAUUUAUUUAUGUUAAAAAUAGGAGUUUUAAUAAAAUUAUUUAUUUCACUAUGAAUAUUUUCUAUCAAAAUUGUGAUAUGACUUUUUGAAGUCAUUGGAGGUAUUUCUUGUCCAGUUGGAGACUCACAGUUUUCACAAACUAUUGAGUAAUCUUUGAAAAUAAAAUUCUCUUAGAGAAGCUCAGAUUGGUAGCCAAAAUUCAGUAGCUACUCAAGAAAACUGACUUCAUUUUCCUUCUUUAUUCUUCAUUUUCUUCAGAAGUUUGGCUCCAAAUGGGCAGUGAAGCAAGUCUAGUGUAGUAUACCUGGCUUUUCCUUUUUCUAAUCUAAAUAAUUCUAUGAUUCUACAAUUCUGUGCUGCAGAUGCUGCAAGCUGAUAAAUUAGAGCACAAAUAUGAAGCACAUAACAUUUUAUGACCUUUUUCUGAUCAUAAUAGUCUGUCUUUAAGUAUUAGAUAAUUUUUUUCUAUCAGUAUUUUCGAAAGCAAAACCAACCCUAACUUUUAGCACCUAAACUACCUCUGGCUUUAACACAAUUGUUAUAGGUUGUCUUGGUUGUUUGUACUAAAACUGAAUUUAUUUUGGAAAUAAUGAUAUCACAUGGACAUGUAGGCACAAACUUGAUAUUUUUUUUUUGCUAGAUUGUUGAUUCAAACAGAUAAAGCUGCUGAAUCUAAAGAAAAUUAUCAUUUGAGGUAAAAUUCUAGCCAGAGUUGUAGAGGAACACUGGGCUUUGGAUGGUUUGCUUUUGUUUCAUUUUGAUGGUGAAAAUGAGAAAAAUAGUAAGAACACAAAACUACUCCAAGCUGAACCUCAAACUGGGCACUUUUUCAUUUGCCAAAUUGAAAACCUUAAAAUAAUUUUAAACUGAAUUUACUCUUGCAUGGAGUACAAGAGUUUGUCUAAUUUUUUUGAACGGUACUUCCUAACCUUCUAAGCAUAAACAUCUUAGCUAAAUCAGGUCUUGCUUAGAAAGAAAAGAGUUUAUACUUUACUGCUUCAACUUCUGCCCAUUUUGGUGCUAUGGUAGAGUUUGUGAUGAAUGGUCUCUUCUGGGAGGUGUCACCCAGUGCAUACACGGACUUCAAGUUCUGCCUUUUCCUUCCAGAGGGCCAAACAUCACCUGAGCCCACGCCUGAAAUUACAAGCUGGGCUAUGAAUAGGCUGCAGGGAUCAACUGCAGUUGAGCAUAUGAAAGGAACAAUUUCACCUGGGAAGCAAUUUUGGUCAAGGCGCUGGUUUUUGCCAUGAUGAGAUUUGGAGUAGCAGAGAGAAAUUACCUCCUGGUUUAGCAGUGACAGUUCUGCAGUGUGGUAGAACAUAAUAGGCAUCACAGCCAUCAUAGCCUGGGAGAGAUGAUGAGCAUCAUAUAAACACUGGAGCAAUUUGGAACGUUUUGCUGCUCUGUGAUGUUAUCGGCACAUUUGUAGGAAGCGUCUGAUUUACGGGAAAUGUCGCAUUUAAUUAUAUCUCUCAUAUCUUUGUUCUCUCCUUCUAUAAAAACAGUUUAUGGUUUGGAAAAAGCACAAGAUGAUUAACUGCAGAUGUGAUUUCUUGUUUCCCGGAUAUUUGAAUUAAUUGCCUAUAAUUGUGCGUCAUCAUGUUCUGUGUGUCACCAGGCUGAACAAAAAGACAGAAAGACAGGAAUUACACUAAAGCCUUCCUUUUCCAUCUAUCUGUGUUUAUGGUAUUGAAGGUUCGUGAAUGGUUUAUUCAAGGAUAAUUUUUAGGAGGAAAUAACCACAAUUUUACCAUUGAUUCAUAAACUCCUGCCCUGAGUAAAUAGAUGCAACAGAGCUUAUGUUUCUGAAGUCUUUUUCCACACAGACCUGAAUAACUGAAGCUGCAUCAGUGGAGAAGAAAUCUGCUCUAUGCUUUUAAAAAAUAUGUUACAAACCACAUUUUACUCUGAUACAUAAUUUUUUAGCAAGGUAAGUACAGGGUGUUCAUCAUUAUCUUUUCCCCCUUGUGAUGAGAGUUUGAGGGUUCAACCCAUUAAAGAAGAGGUUUCUCUACUCAAUUUGUCAACUAUCUGGGAACUUUAGGCUUCUAAAUAUUGGUGCUCUUGCAUGUUUAGAUACCAAAAGCAGGGUAAAAUAGGUAUGAAAUGACCUCCCCAUCUCCUCUACCUCCAUCAUGUUACGUUUGAGUGAGAGUGGGAGGAAAGCUGCAAAGACUCUGAGAGACACUGUUGCCAUCUUCCUUUGCUAAUCCAAGCGCCAUUGCCUUCUGUGGAUGCCUUUUAGAUGCCACUUUCUCAUCUUUCUUUCCUAGCUGGAUGCUUUGGCAGAUGAUUUAAGAGAGAAGACAUUGGGAUGGUGAGCAUGUUUUGAUCAUGGUGCAUUAGAUUGGAAAGUUAUUCUUCUGUGUCUCUUCUAAUGCAGAUUAUGCUAAGGUAGCAUGAAGGAAGCAUUUUUAUAUAUUAAUUUUUGAUUUUUCUCAUCCUUACCGGUUAGGCCCUGCUAAGUGCAAUUAUUCUAAAUUGUAUUCUGCAAAAUAUCAACUCAAUUGUAACAGCAGAGCAGCCUUGGAGCAUUCACUGGUAUAAAUUGAUAACAGGUAACAGGGGGGUUGAGCUUAAUCCUGGCAUAAUUUUAGCUUCUUGAGGAGUAUGCACAGUGCCCAGCUUCAGGCAUGUAAAGUUUGCAUUUUGCUCUACAGAGUCAAUGAAGAGAAAGGCUGCUUGGAUCUCUUACACCUUUGGAAAAGAGAUGAGAGUCCUAUUUCCACAGCUGUCUAGUUUGUGGAUUCACACAAGACAGUAAAGGUUGUAUCUGAAUCUUUGCAAGGGUCUCUCUUCCCUUCAUCCCUUCAUUUGGUUCAAUAGCCCUGACCAGAAGGUUCUACCUGAACACUAAUCUUCAGUUUCUGGAAAGAGGCACCAUGCAGAAGUGAAGUGACAGCCCCACUUACAGACAAGGUUAAGAGUGAAAUUUUACUUCCUUAACACAGUAUUGAUUUACAGCACUUUGCCACAAUGACAGAAAUAAGCAUCUCCUGAAAACUGUCCAUGCACUUUAUAAAAUAUUUUUUUAAGUAAGAAAAAAAAUUAUAUUUUUAUUUAUUUAUUUAUUACACAUAGGAAUGUUAAUAUUGGAGAACCCUAGAGAAAUGUUGGUAGAACAUGUGGUAAAUUCCAAAAUAGGAUGCAGACUUUGAUUUGCAGUGAUGCCCUUCACCACAGCUCAACAGGAGGUGCUGAGAAGCAUUCUACCAGAACCUUACCACUGUGUCCCAUAAAUUUCCUGCCUGGUGAUUUCAUGUUUGCAAAUGCUGUUUAAUAAGUGGUAAUAAUACAGUGUCAAUUAUACUGUGUAUAUUGACACUGACACUGGAAACUGAAUCUCAACUUGCUUUUUAGGUGUUUUUGUGUUGCUUUUGAACCUUACUCUUGCUGCAUCUUGGCCUUUUAUUUAGACUAGUUAUUUCAACAAUUCCACUUUGUGGCAAUAACAUAUAUAUGGCUGUGUGCUACUGCUCCUGGCUGCUCAGUGUAUAUUUUUGAGGAUAGUCCUAAUUCUUGAGAUUUGUCUAAAGCCAAGCAUAGUCAUUUGUUGCAGCAAUUAUGAAAUGUCACAUAUCCCUCGUUCUGCCUUUGUUCUGCUUAAAAUCUGUUGCUAGCAAUUUGUUUAAUUAUGCUGCUGGACAUGAACAGUAGUAGUACUAAAUGGCAUUGUAGUAUGUUAAGUUCUGCCCAAAUUUAGACAAAGCAAUGUUUCCUGCUGAGAACAUUUUUGUACUGUGAGUUGUACAUUCAGUUUUGUGGACAAAGAUGAAUGGUAAUACAUUUGAAACUGUUGUCAAGAUUUCUGUUCUGUCUUUUAAAUUAAAAUACUGAAACAUU